AUGAGCGAGCUCGAUCGCUUGGUUGUUGAAGUGCAUUCGCUUCCGACUAUCAUGUGUCCAUCCUUUAACAUGCAUCUCCGUGUUGAUGUGCUCCUCCUCCUCUUGUUUCUCUCAUGCCUCCACCUCCUCCUGUUAGCACAACCCACAUUAGGGUUAGGGUCGACGAACACAAACCCCAACAUUACCGCCGUAAGCAACUCCAGCUUCUUCAUCGCCAAGCCCGGCUGCCAACCCAACUGCGGAGACAUUACCGUCCCUUACCCGUUCGGCAUAGGAAACGACUCGGGCUGCUCCAUCAGCUCCUGGCUCCACCUCACGUGCAACACUUCGUACGACCCUCCGAAGCUCUUCCUAGGCAGCCUCCAGGUCUUAUCAAUCUCCCAAACCGAAGUCCGGGUUCAAAACACCGUCGCUGCUCUGUGCUACAACCAGGCCGGGAACCAAACCUAUUAUAGCCCAGCCGGGAUGGGGUGGGGGGAUGCCUGGCCAUACACGUUUUCGGAGACGAAUAAGUUCACGGUUGUCGGCUGCAAUGUCUACGCUCUCAUCUCGUGUUCGCAUCAAGGCCGGGAAUUCAGUACUGGAUGUUUGUCCGCAUGCUCCAACGGUACGGACGUGGUUGCUGGGAAUAAUUGUACGGGGAUUGGUUGCUGCCAAAGUAAUAUUCCAGAGGGGCUCAAAAACUUCGAUGGUUCCCUUGGCUUCGUUGGCAAUCAUACCGAGGUUUUGUCAUUUGACCCUUGUAUGUACGCAUUUCUAGGGGAGCAAGACAGUUUUCAGUUCAACGGUACAUCAGAUUUCAACGACCCGGCUAGUUUCAUAAACCGAACCUUGGGUAAUGUACCCGUGGUACUAGAUUUUGUGAUUGGAAACCAGACUUGUCCUGAAGCUCAAAACUCGAGUGCAUCUUUGUGCCAGAAUAAUGCUUCAUGUAACAAUUCAACUAACGGCUAUGGAGGAUAUCUUUGUAGCUGCUUAAACGGUUACGAGGGCAAUCCUUAUCUCAGUCCUGGAUGCACAGGAUCUGUAGUGGACCCCAAACCAUAA